UGGAAUUUGAUUUUGAAAAAAUCGAAUCGAAUCGGAUCCGAAUUGACUCGAUUCGAAUCGGUUCGAAUCGACUCGAACCGAUUCGAACCGAUUCGAGUCGAUUCGAACCGAUUCGAACCGAUUCGAGUCGAUUCGAACCGAUUCGAGUCGAUUCGAGUCGAUUAGAAUCGGAUCGAAUCAAGCGGGUAGCUAACAAGAGUCAAGCGGGUAGCUAACAAAAAUUUUCGAAUCGGUUAGAAUCGACUCGAAUCGGUUCGAAUCGACUCGAAUCGGUUCGAAUCGACUCGAAUCGACUCGAAUCGGUUCGAAUCGGUUCGAAUCGACUCGAAUCGGAUCGAAUCAAGCGGGUAGCUAACAAGAGUCAAGCGGGUAGCUAACAAAAAUUUUUCGAAUCGACUCGAAUCGGUUCGAAUCGGUGCGAAUCGGUUCGAAUCGACUCGAAUCGGUUCGAAUCGACUCGAAUCGGUUCGAAUCGACUCGAAUCGGUUCGAAUCGACUCGAAUCGGUUCGAAUCGACUCGAAUCGGUUCGAAUCGACUCGAAUCGGUUCGAAUCGACUCGAAUCGGUUCGAAUCGACUCGAAUCGACUCGAAUCGGUUCGAAUCGGUUCGAAUCGACUCGAAUCGGAUCGAAUCAAGCGGGUAGCUAACAAGAGUCAAGCGGGUAGCUAA